AAAUCCCCAUCGGGCGGCUCCAAAACGUAAACACAAGUCAAAAUAAGCCGCCUCGCUUCCUAAUCUUUAGCCAUUUUCUCUCUCCUUAAAAGUAAGGCCGUUCUUGUUUUCAAUUCGUUUCAGAAGAGAUGGAAGGGGACAGAAGAGUUGGAGUAGCGGUAGACUUCUCUCCGUGCAGCAAGAAAGCGUUAACUUGGGCGGUAGAUAACGUUGUCCGUGAUGGGGAUCACCUUAUCCUUGUCACCGUUCAGCCCGAAGUUGACUAUGAGCAAGGCGAGAUGCAACUCUGGGAAGCCACUGGUUCACCUUUAAUUCCUCUGGUUGAGUUAUCUGAUCCUGUGGUUAUGAAGAAAUAUGGGCUGAAGCCUGACCCUGAAACACUUGAUAUUCUCAACACACUUGCUAGGGAAAAAGAGGUGGUGGUGCUUUUGAAGAUUUAUUGGGGUGAUGCUCGUGAGAAGAUAUGUGAAGCUAUUGAUAAAAUUCCGUUGAGCUGCCUUAUUAUUGGAAACAGAGGGCUUGGCAAGAUCAAGAGGGCUAUCAUGGGCAGCGUAAGCAACUAUGUGGUGAACAAUGGUUCAUGCCCUGUAACUGUAGUGAAGUUGGGUCAUGAGAUCUAGUUUCUUCGUGAUGGGUCAUGAGAUCUAGUUUCUUCGUUACCUCUGCUGAAAGAAUAAGUGUAUUUGAGUUGGAUUUCGUAUGAGAGCCAGAAGUCUGACUUUGCAUAUUGAUGUAGAAUUGAAUGAAAUAUUUUGUUGGUUGA